AUGUUCAAUGGAUCCAGCCCGAUUUACGACCCCAUAGCCGGGCCCGGCGGCUACCGCACGGGCGCCCGCAUAGCCCGGGUGCAAGUGGCCAUCGCCACGUUUCUUGGCGCCAGCGCCUUUGCGCUUUUCUGCGUGCUCCGCAAACGGUACCCGCGGAUCUACGUGGCCAACUUCCAGCAGCGCAACUACGCGCACAGCUUCUCGCGGCAGAACUUGCCGCGGCUCCCCCGCUCGCUCCUCGGCUGGGUGCCGGUGGUGUUCCGCGUGUCCGAGGCGCAGGUGUUGCAGCAUGCGGGCUUGGACGCGGUGGUUUUCCUCGGCUUCUUCCAGAUGUGCAUCCGCGCGUUGGCCGUGCUCGUGUUGUUUGCCGUGGCGGUGAUCUCGCCCGUGCGCUACUCGUUCACGGGCCGCGUGGACUUUCCCGAUGGGGACGGCGCCGGCGGCGUGCCGGCUGCCCUUGGCUCGGGCCGCGCCGGCCUGUUCCGCAAGAACCCGCCCGCGGAGUACCAGCCGUUUCUCUGGAUGUACCUGGUGUUCACGUACGUGUUCACGUUUGUGCUCGUGUUUUUCCUCCGGCGGCAGACGGCCAAGAUCAUCCGCGUGCGCCAGCGGUAUUUGGGCCGCCAGUGCUCGGUCACGGACCGCACCAUCCGGCUCCUGGGCAUUCCGCCGGUGCUCCGCGACGAGGCCGCGCUCCGCCGCCACAUCUCGGCGCUCGGCGUGGGCGCCGUGGACGCCGUGUGCAUCGUGAAGGAGUGGAGCCUGCUCAGUGCGCUUUUCGCCACCCGGGCCGCGGUCUUAAAACGGCUCGAGACCUGCUGGGUGCGCUAUUUCCACGCCAACCACGUCCGCACGCUUUCGGACUUGGCGGGCUCGCGCGUGCGGCCGCGCAGGGGCGACUGGCUAGGCAUGCGGAGGGCGCCUGGCCCGGCAGAGCCGGCGCUCCCGGACGCCAGCGGCCGCUCUCAGAACGGCGCUUUUGAUUCCAGCUCAGGAAACAGCUCAGGAAACAGUCCCGGAAUCAGCCCCGGAAACAGCCCCGGAAACAGCCCCGGAAACAGCCCCGGAAACAGCCCCGGAAACAGCCCCGUGGGCUCUAGCCCCGACGAAAUCAGCCCCGCCGGCAGCCAGGGCAGCUCGCUUGUCCUAAGCGACCCCGGCACCAGCCGCCCCAAAAUCCGCACCGGGCUUUUCGGCUGGUUCGGCCCGCAGGUCGACGCCAUCAGCCACUACAGCGACCAGUUGCAGGUCGUCGACGCGGAAAUCACCCGCUACCGGCGCCGCGAGUUUGCCCCCAGCUCGACCGCGUUCGUCACCAUGAACUCCGUGGCCCAGGCGCAGAUGCUUGCGCAGGCCGUGUUGGACCCGCAGAUCAACCACCUCAUCACCAGCUUGGCGCCGGCGCCGCAUGACAUCCUCUGGGAAAACCUCUGCUUGACGCGGCGCGAACGCAACGCCAGGGUCGUGGCCGUGAUGCUUUUCAUCGGCGUGAUCUCCGUGUUGUUGGUGUUGCCCGUGCGCUUCUUGUCCAACUUCCUCAACAUCGAGUCCAUCUCCAAAGUGGCGCCGCAACUCGCGGCGUUUCUCAAGGCCCACGCCUGGGCCCAGUACGUGAUCACGGGCAUCCUCCCGCCCUACGUGUUCACCAUCUUCAACAUCAUCAUGCCGUACGUCUACAACUGGAUCACCCGGCGCCAGGGCCACACGUCACGUGCUGACGAGGAGCUCUCCUCCGUGUCCAAGAACUUCUUCUACAUCUUCGUCAACUUGUUCUUGGUGUUCACGCUCUUCAGCACGGCCAUUCUCACCAACACCGCGCAGGUGGCCUACCAGUUGGCGGACUCCCUCCAGAGGUUGAGUUUGUUCUACGUGGACUUGAUCAUUCUCCAGGGAAUCGGCAUUUUCCCGUACAAACUCUUGCUCUUGGGGCACCUCUUGCAGUACCCCAUCAAGAACCUUUUUUGGAGCAAGACCCCGCGCAACUACCUCGGCUUGUACAAGCCCCCGGUGUUCAAUUUCGGACUCCAGCUCCCGCAGCCGAUUCUCAUUCUCAUCAUCACCGUGACCUACUCUGUGAUAUCCACCAAGAUCUUGACUGCGGGGCUCAUAUACUUCAUCAUUGGCUACUUCGUGUUCAAGUACCAGCUCUUGUACGCGUGCAUCCACCCGCCGCACAACACAGGGAAAGUCUGGCCCUUGGUGGUGAGGAGAGUCAUGAUGGGGCUUCUCAUUUUCCAUACCAUGAUGUUCGGUACCCUUGCCUCGGAGAAGGCCGUUGCCUGUGCCACGGUCAUCAUCCCGUUGCCCAUCCUCACGAUGUUCCUCUGGUGGCACUUUGAAAAAAGCUACAUUCCGCUCUCCAACUUUAUUGCCUUGAGGUCCAUUGAAAACAACGAGCUUCCGUUUCACGACGACGAGGAAGAGUCGCUCGGGCGCACAAACGGCAUGCUGCCGCCCCAGGACCAGACGUUGGACGAGCGGAGAGAAUCGAACCAAGUGUACGAGUACCCCAACUUGGUGUGUGAUUUAGACGGCCCGCUCAUUGCUGUUGACCGCGGCGAGGCACUCUACAUGGAAGCCGAUGGAACAACGGUCAGAAAACAAAUCCCUAUAUUUCACUAAAAAGUCCCCCACGCCACAGGAGAGAAGGCCGCAGCCAUCGCGCAAACCUCCUUUUGAAAGGACAGACACUCAUGCUUGAAGAGCUGAAGCCAGGUGUAGUCCGGCGACAAGAACGCCACGAAGUGGCUGGUCGCUAGCUGCUUGGCGACCAUCAGGACAAGCAUAGAAACGGCAAUGAUACAGAUGGUUGUUGCGUACGAGCAGCGCGUAUUUA